AUGGCCCUAUCAAACUUUAUCCAAAUAUCCGAUGCUUUAAUCGAGUUCAAUGCAGAACUCGAAAGCGAACUUCUGCACCAGUCCGCGAUCCACUCCUUGGAGGUUCAUCGGGGCGAGUUGAGGGAAAUAUGGCAGAGAGUUAAACCAAAGUAUGAGGCUAGCUUGGCUGAGUUAGCCGCUGCUGACGAUAAGAGGGACAUAGAAACCCUGAAAGCGCGGUAUCAGACCACUUAUCGAACUUACGUUCAUGGCAUAGCUAAAAUAAGUGAGGUUAUAGAAUCCAAAAGGUCCGCUGCUGUUUCUCCCCCCAAUCCAACGCGGUUGGAAUUCUCUUCGAGUCCGAAUGUAAACCUACCUCCUUGUGACACCGACCUCUUUCACGGGGAUUACCUCUCCUGGCCAUCGUUUCGCGACCUUUUUACUGCCUUAUACAUCAAUAACACGAGGCUCUCCCCUGUCGAAAAAUUAUUUCACUUGAAUUCCAAGACUCGCGGUGAAGCCAGGGAAAUAGUUCGAAAGGCACCUCUCACGAAUGAGGGAUUUGAGUUAGCAUGGAGGGCGUUGGAGGUUAGAUUCGACAACAAACGUUUACUACUGAACAGCCAACUUAAGACCCUUUUUAAUUUGCCAGGAAUUACCGUUGAAUCAAGCGAGUCCAUAAAGCAGAUUCAAAGUACUAUAAAUGGGAUUAUAGCUUCACUAAAGCUCUAUAGUAUAGAUAUCAAGAGUUGGAACCCCAUUUUUGUGUAUGUUUGUUCCAUGCGUUUGCCUGAGAUCACAUUGUCCCUGUGGGAGCAAUCAGUCAAGAAUAAAAGUGACUUUCCAUCUUGGACAGAACUUGAUUCCUUCUUGACAUGUCGAUUUCAGACAUUGGAGACGGUGAGGGAUUUCGGUUUUCCCAGCACUUCUCAAUCGAUAUCAAAUUCCAAGAACGAGAACGUUGGCAAAUCAAUGCCAAAGAAUAGCUCCUCCAAAAGAGUGAAUUCGUAUCGAAAUGGUGUUGUCAUUCCAAAUUGUAAGUUAUGCCCCAAUGAAAACCACACCAUAAGAUUGUGUUCGAAAUUUCAUAAUAUGACCUACGCCGAUAGACUGACAACCGUGAAGCAGUUAAAAUUAUGCCUUAAUUGUUUUUCUAAGGGACAUCUUGUCAAAGACUGUAAAAGUGCAUUUAACUGCCAAAAAUGCAACAGGAGGCACAACACUCUACUGCAUCAAGACUGCAAUGAGGAAAUGGAAAUUCCCGAAACUGAUCAGAAAUCGAUACAGUCCACUUCCAAUGGUGAUUCCAUUGUUCCCAUACAGUCUUGUUUCGCAGCCAACAGCAAGACCGUGCUGUUGGGAACGGCCAUGGUUGGUAUCCGACAUAAUGGGGAGAUUUUCAAGGCACGAGCACUUUUCGAUUCUGGGUCGGAAGCGUCUUUCCUGUCAGAACACCUUUUCAACUUGCUUAAACUAAAAGCACGCAAAUUUAUGGCUCAUAUAUCCGGCCUUAAUGGCACCCUCUCUGCGAAGACUCAGAAAAUAUGUAUGCUUCAAAUCACUUCUCCAAUGACUUCAGGGUUUGACCUGGAGGCCCCCAUUAUGGUCAUUCCUAAGCUAACAUCCUCACUGCCUACUUUUUCUGUAUCCGAGGAAAUGUUUUCCACACUUCCUGACAUCCACCUGGCAGACCCUGAGUUUUAUCGGUCAUCGUAUAUUGACAUUUUGAUAGGGGCAGAUCUGAUUCCGCAGGUCAUGUUAAAUGGCAUUAUUAAUCCAGUUUGUGGGUCUCUUUUGGCCCAAGAAACAGUAUUUGGUUGGAUUCUGACCGGUCCCAUUCCAAAAGAGCCUAUUUCAGUCUUCCGCACUACUGUUUCACUUCCAGAUGAUAUCGCCUUAGAUGAACUAGUUUCCAAAUUCUGGGAACUGGAGGACCUCCCUAGGGUUAAACCUAUUUCCGAUAUGGACAAGUAUUGUGAGGACAUGUUCGUGGAGACCACCACCAGAAACGAGGCAGGCCGGUAUAUUGUUACGCUGCCAUUUAAACCCGAAUUUCCUUCCGGUAUUCAACUCGGGCAGUCCCAAAAGAUAGCUCUUUCUCAGUAUAUAAGAAAUGAGAAUCGGCUUCUCAGAGAUAUUGAGCUUAAGAGGCAGUACGAUGCGGUUCUGGCAGAGUAUAUUGAAUUAGGCCAUAUGAAGAGGGUAAGGGACAUUGAUUUCACUCCCAAAUCCAAUUUUCACUACUUGCCACACCAUGCUGUUGUUCGUCCAAAUAGCGUUACUACAAAAGUUCGUGUAGUGUUCAACGCGUCAAACCCUACCUCUAAUGGUAUGAGUUUGAACGACGUCCUCCACCCUGGUCCAUCUUUGCAGAAAGAUCUGUGCACUUUAUUACUCCAGUGGCGAUUUUAUAAAGUGGUUUUCAAUAGCGAUAUUGAAAAAAUGUAUCGCCAGAUUUGUGUCCAUCCGAAACACACUACAUUCCAGAGAAUUCUCUACCGAAAGUCCCCUUACGAUGAAAUCGAAGAAUUUGAGCUACAGACGGUUACGUUUGGGGUAAAUUGUGCCCCAUUCUUGGCUCUACGCACAAUUCAGCAACUGGCUACAGACGUAAGGCUUCAAUAUCCGCUUGCAAGCGAGAUUUUGGAAUCGUCGAUGUACGUCGACGAUGUUCUUGGGGGGAGUCAUGAUAUUUUGUCCGCAACUAAGACCCAGAAGGAACUCAUUUCGGCCUUGGGGACAGCCGGUUUUUUAUUGAGAAAAUGGACUUCUAACUCUAAGGAGUUCCUAAAAUCCAUUCCAAAGGACCAUCUUCUGAAUUCCGAAUUUCUUGAGUUUGAAGAUUCAAGUAAGGCCAAGACUCUGGGUGUUCGUUGGAACGCGAAACUUGAUGAUUUUUAUUUCGUAGCCGGGCAAUUAGACGCAAAUUCCGAUCCCACUAAGAGGAAUAUUCUUUCCAAUAUAUCGAAACUAUUCGACCCAGCUGGGUGGCUAUGCCCCUUCAUAGUUCUCGCAAAACUUCUAAUGCGGGAUGUUUGGUUAUCCAAAGUCGGGUGGGAUGAUCCCCUUCCUCCGAAUUUACUUGCAGCAUGGCAUUCAUUCUUGGGGAAUUAUUCUAGGAUUGGAGAUAUACGAAUUCCUCGCUGGAUACAUUUCACUCCUGAAAGCGAUAUGGAACUCCAUGGCUUCUGUGACGCCUCUGAAAAGGCGUACGCAAUAGCCAUUUAUGUUCGAGUCGCGGCUCCCAGCGGUGAAAUUGUCACACACCUCCUUAUGUCAAAAUCGAGGGUGGCACCAUUGAAGACAAUUUCAAUUCCUAGACUCGAACUUUGUGGCGCGGCCUUACUGGCGGAGGCCAUUGAAUCGAUUCUGCCGUCCAUUCCAAAUUGCAAGGUUUUCUGUUGGACAGAUUCAACGAUAGUCCUUGCCUGGUUAAUGAAACCAGCGUUCCAAUGGAAGACUUUUGUGGCUAACCGUGUUUCAAAAAUAUGUGAGGUAGUACCAGUGGACCACUGGGGCCAUGUUGAAUCAAGGCAGAAUCCUGCGGAUUUGGCUUCCCGUGGAGUGUUUCCCGAUGAGUUAAUUCAGAAUGACCUUUGGUGGUUUGGUCCUCUGUGGCUUAGGCAUCCAUCGAGCCUUGGGCCAAUUAAGAAUGGUUUGUCAAUAGAUGAGACACUAUUGGAAGCUAAGACUAUUCACAGCCACUUUACUUACUUCCAAAACUACCAAGAUCCUCUGGAUAGGUUUUCUUCGCUGGGAAGAGCUCUUAGAGUGAUGGCAUAUGUAUACCGUUUUAUUUCUAAUUGCCGUGCUUCAGCCGAUAUAACUUCACGAACUCAUUCGCUGACCAAUGACGAAAUCCAGGAUGUUCGAGAUCGUUUAAUUGUCUUGUCACAAAAAUUAUUUUAUCCAACUGAAUAUAAGGCAUUGUCAAAUGGGGAGCAAAUUACGUCCACCAGUUCCUUAUUGACUUUGAACCCCUUUUGUGAUCCCAAAGGCCUCUUAAGAAUAUGUAGUCGCAUAGCCCAUUCCGAGAGCCUCACUUAUAAUGAGCGUUAUCCUAUUAUCCUGCCGUAUCACGGUACCUUCUCCCGAUUGCUGAUACUGUUCAUACAUUGCAUUACAUUGCAUGGAGGCAACAGUUUAAUGCUACGAAUGUUGCGUCUCCAGUUCUGGAUUCCAAAGGCGAAAAUUCUUAUAAAGGCCUGUGUUCACAAUUGCAAGAUUUGUGUAAUUUCCAAACACAAGCUUAGAACGCAGCUGAUGGGAACCCUUCCUCCAGAACGUACCACGCUCAGUCGACCAUUCACGAAUACUGGUAUUGACUUUGCAGGUCCGUUCGACAUAAAAAACUACUCGGCGCGAUCCUGUACUAUAACAAAGGGAUACGUAUGUUUAUUCGUUUGUUUCGCUACACGUGCUAUCCACUUGGAGCUCACAAGUUCCUUGACCACUUCAGCCUUUCUAGCGGCCUUUCACCGUUUUUCUUCCAGACGUGGGUGUCCCUUAAAGAUCUUUUCCGACAAUGGCAAAACAUUUGUUGGAGCAUCGAAAGAGGUGGCGAAAAACUUUCUUCAAAGAUCGCGGGACGAGACACUUUUCCAAUUCUCCUACCAGCGCUUAUCCUGGCACUUCAUUCCACCAGGAGCUCCUCAUAUGGGAGGGCUCUGGGAAGCCGGGGUGAAAAGUUUUAAGGCUCAUUUCCGAAAGAUGGCAGGAUGUCAUAAAUUUACGUUCGAGGAAUUCACUACUAUACUUUCCCGUAUCGAAGCCUGUUUAAACUCGCGACCUAUUUCACCUUUAUCCGAAAAUCCCGACGAUUUGCUAGCUCUUACCCCUGGACAUUUCCUUACUGGGGGUCCUUUGCUUUCACCUGCCGAACCUGACGAAUCCGAGACUACUAUUUCUGUAGUUAAUCGUUGGCGAAGAGUUGUGGCAUUAUCUCAACAGUUCAGUAUUAGAUGGAAACAUGAGUAUCUUAAAGAGCUUCACAAGCGCAUUAAAUGGAAAAGACCACAGCCAAAUAUCCAGAUUGGUUCUAUGGUUGUUGUGAGAGACGACUGUUUGCCACCCCAGGAAUGGAAAUUGGGGCGUAUUUCGAAGAUAUAUUAUGGCAAGGAUGAUUUAGUGCGAGUAGUCGAUAUAACUACACAAAUGGGAACCAUAACUCGGCCUGUUGUAAAAGUCGUGUUUACUCUUACAGAAUGCCACCUAUUUUAUCCCGCCUUAGCCGUUCCGAGGCAAACAAAAAUUAUUACUCUUGCAGAAUCUGUUCACAAAACCACGGUCUUCGUCCUAAGCAAAAUUCCAUUAAAAGAUAGGGAACAGCACAGAAAUGCUGUAAGCAAACGCACAUCACCACAAAAGAUCUGUGGACAGACAAACAAUAAUCGCAGAGAAUCCAUAUGUCAAAAGUGGCUCAAUAACAUGCUUGCGAAUUUCUGGCUGGAGCAGCAGAAGAUAACGGCCCUUAAAUAUUCAAAUAUGUACCGAUUAGUGAGAUUAUGGAAAGAUAAAAAGAAAUUACAAGAGAAACAAACUCCACCUAAUCACCAUCAAACUCAAAGUUCUUCAAGUCCAGACAAAAAAGGCAUUAACAUCAGCAAUACAAUGUUCGAUGAUGAGAAUGACAAAGACUUACUGUGGUUAGAUGAGUCCAAUUCUGAGUUGGUGCGGUAUGCCUAUGGGCUCUUUGUGGAUGGCAUUGCCAGCUUGCCUCACGAAAACCAAGCAGGAGAGGCGGUGAUGCCUUGUGUGACUCAAGGCACGUGUGAUAUUUUGAUUUAA